CCCUCUCAGGGAGUCAGAGGGACCCGCAGCCCAUCCUGCGCCCUGUAGAUGCACCGCACAUCUGCUGCUUCAAGGAGCCCCCAGAGCUCCUCCUGUCUGUGUCACCAUGGGGAUCAAAGCUGCUCUUCCCAAAUAUGAGCUCUAUUUCUACAACACGGUGCUGUGUCUGGCCAUGUUCUGGGCUGGCAGCUGGAUCUUUGAGGUGUCCAGUUCCAGUGCAAACAGAAAGACGUUCAAAACCAGUGUGAAGCCAGGAUGGUACUACUUUGGGAGGAAAAUGGAUACGGCUGAUUUUGAGUGGAUGAUGUGGUUUUCCACCUUCAGAGUGCACAUCCUGUUUGCUCUCUCUGGUCAUGUGCUGUUCGCUAAGAUCUGCUCCAUGCUGGCGCCACAGUACAGGUCCUUGGUGUACAUGGUGUAUGGGCUGCUGGCUGUGUGGACCAUUAUGGGGUGGACCUACGUCACCCUCAUCCUGUCCCACUGUAUCCUGCUCUACAGCAUCUCCUUAGUGAAAAUCCGCUGGCUUUGCUUUGUCACUGGUCUUUGCACCCUCGCUACAUUCAAGUGUAAACCCUUCGUGUCCUGGCAGGCAGGUUUUGUGGAGGGGGACUUUGAGCUGCGCCAUGUUCUCUUCUAUGGAGGUUGUGGGUUUACUAUAAUGCGCUGUAUGAGCUUUGCUCUGGAGAACUGCGAGAGGAAAGAUGGAAACUACAACAUCCUGGAGCUGCUCAAGUACAAUUUCUACCUCCCCUUCUUCUAUUUCGGGCCCAUCAUGACCUUUGAUAAGUUUUAUGUUCAAGCCAACAGGUCAGACCUGACCAGGAAAGAGUGGGAGAUUUGGAAUAUCAGCCUGCAGGGCCUGAUUCACCUGGGAGUCAUCGUUGUAGUGGACGUCCUCUUCCAUUUCAUGUACAUCCUCACCAUCCCCACUGACAUGAAGCUGCUGAAGCACCUCUCGGACUGGGCUCUAGUGGGCCUAGCUUACUUUAACCUGGUGUAUGACUGGGUAAAAGCAGCUGUCAUGUUUGGAGUCAUCAACACAGUGUCCAGACUGGAUCAUCUGGACCCUCCCAAGCCACCAAAAUGCAUCACUAUGCUCUACGUGUUUGCUGAAACCCAUUUUGACAGAGGGAUCAACGAGUGGCUGUGCAAGUAUGUGUACAAUUACCUGGGUGGAAAACACGACAAUGUGGUGGAGGAGCUGGUGGCUACGCUGUGCACCUUCGGCGUCACCAUCCUCUGGCUGGGACCCUGCGAGGUGGUGCUGGUCUGGGCUUUCUUUAACUGUUUCGGCCUCAACUUCGAGCUGUGGACCGCCAAGCUCUUCUCCAUGGAGCCUUUUGCUUCUUUUGAGAUGGCAAUGUCGGAAGCCACGUCCCGCCGGAUCAGAGCCAUCUUCAAUACUUUCAACUUCUGGAGCAUUGUGUUGUACAACAUCCUGGCCUUGAAAAGUUUGGACUUUGCCAAGUUGGUCGCCAAACGGCUGCUUCUCAAAGGUUUCCCUGUAACCACCAUCAUCGUCAUGUUUGUGACCUACUGCCUGGUUCAAGUGAUUAAGGAGAGAGAGAGGAGGCAGGCCCUCAUCGAUGAUCCCGACCCUCUUCCUCCCGCUCCCCCUCCAAACGCCGCCACCGGCCCAACCAGCGCUGCAGCUGCACCCGCUGCUGCUCAGCCAGUCGCAGAUCCCAGCAAGGAAAAAGCCGAGUAGAUAUUUUAUGCUAAUAGUGAUGGAUAUAGGAUAUACAGCCAACAGUAUUAUCGCCUGUCCAGAUUUUAUAACAUGAAUUGUGAACAGAUGCUCGCCUUCCGCUGAUGUAGAAAACAGCAUUAACUGUAAAUAAAUUAACCAUCGUUUAACUGUGUUUAAGAGGGAAGAAAUAUAGCUUAGUGAAAAACUCAAAUAUGAUGUAAUAUACAGUAUAAUGUACAGUACACCUGUAUACGGUCCAUUAGCCACUGAAAAUUAAUAACAAUAAAAAAUAUUCGGUGUAACAACACUGUAGGGAUGCCUUUGUCAGUGCAGAAAAUAAACUGCACAGAUUUGUUCAA